CACGAUAUUUUAACAACAACGGGUCGCCAUACUUAAAAAUGUCGUAAAAUUAACAAAAUGUGUAAAUGAAUAGUUUUGUAUUUAAAACUAUAGUUUAGAGUAAAACAUUACAUAAAUAACCAACAUUUAUGUCUAUGUUACUCUAAUAUUUACAAUCCAUCGAAAAUAUACUGUUUACGACAUAUGCCGUAUCAGCGCGGUAAAAUGUAAACAAUCGUCUGUCAAUGCAUGAGACUGCACUGACAUGUAUGACUAUGGCACACUGGAAAAAGCAAGGCUUUUCCAAGAAAACGUCACAGUACAGGAAGAAUUCUCAGAUUCUGAAAAACCGUUGGGCAGAAAAUAAGAUUAAUUUAGAUCAUGAUUACGAUGUGAGUCGAGCUGUGGGGGAUGAGACUGGAGAAGAUCAUCAUGAUGACAAUUACGUACCAGAACCGGCAGGUAGAGACGUCUCCGUCUCCUUCAACGACCCAGAAAAUUCCAGAUAUGACACUGCAUGGAGAGAAGGGAGAAGGGUGGUGGAACUUGGGGUAUUGGCAGAUGGGCUCUCGGGUUGUGGAGUUUGUGGCAUACCUCUCCAUCUUUCACAUACCUUGGGGAUACUAACUUGUGGCUUGGGUUCAUUCCUGAAAGUCCAGUGCCAGAAUACAGCGUGCCAUCAUGUAAAUAAAAUAGCCACUGGAAAGCGACAUGGAAAAAUAUGGGAUGCAAAUACCAAGCUUGCCACAGGAAUGGUGCAUACAGGUAUGGGGCCAUCUCAAGUGAAUACCUUCCUAACAUCAUUGAAUAUCCCCCCUAUCAGUUCCCGAACUCUGCAGAACAGACAAAAUGAAACAGGAACAGUGAUGGAGAAAAUUGCAGAGGAAAGCACCAGACGCAGCCUUGACGAUGAAAUUCAGGCAACCAUAGAGUGUGAAGGUACAGACGAGCUAACGGUCAGUGUCGACGCAGGUUGGCAGAAACGAGGCAGUGGGCGAUCCUUUGACAGCCUCUCUGGUCAUUGCUCCAUGAUUGGAUCCCAGACAGGCAAAGUCAUUGACUAUGAAAUUAGAACAAAAUGUUGCAAAAUUUGUGAGAGUGCCACAAGAAAUGGAAAUGACCCCAAAGAUCAUGACUGCCGAAAAAACUGGGAAGGAAGCUCUAAAGCAAUGGAAAAGGAUAUGGUGGCUAAAAUGGUCUCCAGAAAAGUGGAAGAAGGGGUGAACAUAACGAAUGUGGUUGCAGAUGAGGACACCACUACCUUUUGUCAUUUGAGAAAUGUCCACUCAAACAUUACAAAGAUUAGUGAUAAAAACCAUAUAAGGAAAAUUUUCACUUCAAAUUUGUAUGGUUUGCAACCAAAACACAGAUCACUGAGUACUAAAGUUAUUCGGUACUUUGUAAAAUGUUUUAACUACAUGUCACAAAACCAAGGAAAUACAGAGGGGGUACAGAGAGGGUUGGAAGCAUUAAGCAGGCACCCUUUUGGUGAUCACAGCGCUUGCAAUGAAUCUUGGUGUUCCCAUAUCAGCAAUCCGAAACAGAAAUAUUCUGCUUUGCCAUAUGGAAAACCACUCAAGGACAGCCAUCUUCAAGAGUCCAUUCAACUCAUCUGCUCCAAGCUGCUGAAGGACACUUCCAAACUUUCAAGAUUAGGAAGUACACAAGCAAAUGAAGCGUUCAACAAAGCUGUCUCCCUAAAAGCUCCCAAGAAUCAUCACUUUGGUGGAUCUGCAAGUCUCAGUUACAGAGUUGCAGCAAGUGUUGCAGAGAAAAAUGCAGGGCAGAAAUAUCUGAUUGAGGUGAACAGAGGAGUUGGUCUCUCCCCAGGAAGACACACAAGAAAAUUCUGUUACUUGCGGGAUUCUCAAUCAAGAAAAAGAAAAGCCAUUGCCAGAACAAAGACUGCAAAAAGGAAAAGAAUGCAGUUGAAAGCCAAGAAAGUCCAGACUACAGUAUGUAAAGAGAUAAGAGAGGGCCCAACAUAUCAGUCUGGGGUUGGAAUCUCUGAUUCCAAUGUUGUAGUUGAUGAAAUUCCACCACCCUCAUCUGAACCACAACAGCAGAGUUUGUCAACCAAAGACAAAAAAUUUGUCUUUUUUGACCUGGAAACAACAGGACUUGCGAGAACAUCACACAUUCUACAGGUGGCUGCCAUUUGUGGGAAGGAGACAUUUUCUUCCUAUGUAAUGCCUAAGAAGCCAAUUACACCCUCUGCCUCCACAAUUACCGGCCUAAAGCUGGAUAAUGGAACCCUCUAUCACCAUGAGAGAAGAGUCAAUGCUGUUUCAAUUUCCAAUGCACUUGGCUCUUUUUUAAGCUUUAUUGAGAAGCAAGGCAAUGUUAUUUUAGUUGGCCACAAUAUCAAAAGUUUUGAUGUUCAUGUUCUUUUUCAAGCUCUAGAUUCUUGUUCGCUAUUGGAUCGAAUGUCAAAAUGUGUACAAGGUUUUUUAGAUACUAGAUUUCUAUUCAAACUUGUCCAUCCAAAUUUGUGUUCAUAUAGCCAGCAAUAUUUAUCAGAAGUGCUACUAAAAUGUACUUACAAUGCACAUGAUGCUGUAGAGGAUGUUUUAGCUUUGCAGAGGUUAUUUGACACUGUUCAUUUUUGUGAUGGCGAACAUUCAUCUUGUACAUUUACAUUUCAGUAUGCUUUGAGUGUCCAUAACUACCAGAAGGUUGUAGAUAGAAACAUUCCAUCCUUACAAGGUUUGAUUGAUAAAAAUGUUUUGAGUGUCAGAAUGGCAAAGAAGGUGGCAGGUAGUGGCCUAAACUAUGAAUGUCUCAGAUUAGCACAUUCUAGAAGUCCUGAUGGCAUUUAUAAUCUAUUCACUGAGCUGUGUGACAACAAAUCUGUCAGAGUUACGAAGUGCAAGAAAAUUAUUGAUAAUGUUACCCAGUUUUUCAUGUCUUCAAACGAAAGUUAAAUGAUCACUAGAUGUAUAUUUUCUGGAGUUUUGCUUCUUGUACUUUGCUCACAAACAUUGAGGUCAUAUUGUGCAAAAUUCAUGAAAGAAGUUGAUCAUUAGUUUUGUCUUGAAAUGGAUGAUGUUGAGUCAUAUAAGAAAUAGUACAUUCUAUCUUUUACUUUGUUCAUGCAUUAAUUCAUUUUUGAUUUAUUAAUCAUUACAUUUAUUGCAUGUAAAUUUAAUUUAUUUUAACUAAAUGAUUCAAAAAUUAAUUUUAAAUUAUAUUGAGUGUACUGGUUUUUUCAUACACGGCGUGUGUAUUGCAGAAUUUUGUAUGAUCUCUUGGUUUUGCUAUGAUUUAAAUCGAGAAUGUGUAGAAUAUGGGACAAGGGAUUGUAAUUAAGUUUGUUUCCCUUACUUUCCUAGAAUAAUGUCCAUAAACUAUUUUUGAAGUUAAAAAAAUCACACCGAGUUGACAUGAAAAGAUUUUGUCAAGCAAUUCAACUUCUUUUUAUUACACAUUAUAAGGAGAAAUAAUGGAAUAUCACAUGAAAUUGAAAAAUAACAGAGGAAAUUCAGGUUAAUUGUAAUAAAAUAUCUCAAAAUUUUUAUCAUUGACACCCACUUUGUGAUUUAUUUUUAUUUAUUUCAGGGUGAUUUCUGUAUUUAUAAAACAAUUAAUAAGAGUUAUCAUCAGCCAAAUUUUUAGAAUAUUUGAAUGAAAAAAGGUUUAUUUAUUUGCAUAAAAUGUCAUGAAAUGGAGGAAAUUCAGGUUAUUUGUAACAAAAUAUCUCAGAAUUUUGGUCAUUUACACCCACUUUGUGAUUUAUUUUUAUUUUUUAGAAGAUGUUCUCUGUAUGUAUAAAACAACCAAUAAGAGUUAUCAUCAGCCAAAUUUUUAGAAUAUUUGAAUGAAAAAAGGUUUAUUUAUAUGCAUAAAAUGUCAUGAAACAGAGGAAAUUCAGGUUAUUUGUAACAAAAUAUCUCAAAAUUUUGAUCAUUGACACCCACUUUGAGAUUUAUUUUUAUUUAUUUCAGGGUGAUUUCUGUAUUUAUA